CUUCAAAACACCAAGAACGGCCUGCAUCUGCAUCUGCAUCGCAAACCUUGCAUCGAAUCAAAGAAAAGGUCUCCGCUCUCGUAUUUCUAUCUCUUAUUCAACAAAGAAAUACCAUGGCACCCUCAAAAAUAUUCACCCUCGAAGGGAAGGGAUUGAAGCUCGAUACCGCGGCGGACGCUGAGGCGCACAUCAAGCCCCUUCGGGAGAUGGUUGAUGUGGAGGAAGUUAGGUUACUCGGUAAUACCUUGGGAGUUGAGGCUUGCGAAGCCAUAGGAAAGGUUCUCGCGACUAAGAAAACUCUACAGGUAUGUCGCAUACAUGUUCAAAAAUGUUAUUACCCCUCCAUUGCUGACAUUCCUGACGCAAAAGAUCGCAAACUUGGCCGAUAUAUUUACAGGGCGACUUUUGGAUGAAAUUCCUAAAGCAAUCUCUGCUCUUCUUACCGGUCUCCUCUUGUUACCGAAACUCCAUACCAUCAAUCUCAACGACAAUGCCUUUGGUCUCAAAACUGUGAAGCCUCUCGUCGAAUUCCUCAAAUCACACGUGCCUCUUCAACAUCUUAUCCUCAAUAACAAUGGUCUCGGACCUUAUGCUGGUAUUGAAAUCGCUGAUGCGCUUUCUGCGCUCCACGCAAAGAAAGUCGAGGCCAGAAAGACUGAUGCUACCGUCCCGGAUCUCGAGACAGUCAUCUGCGGUCGCAAUCGACUUGAAGCUGGCAGUAUGGAAGCAUGGGCUAGGGCAUACAGUCUACACAAUGGCGUAAAGGUCGUCAAGAUGGUUCAGAAUGGUAUUCGUCCACAAGGAAUUCAGCAAUUACUCACAAAGGGUCUUGGAAACGCAAAAGGAAUCAAGACACUUGAUCUUCAAGACAACACCUUCACAAUUAAGGGCUCAAAAGCAUUGGCGGGUGUGGUUACUGGAUGGACUGAAAUUCAGGAACUUGGACUUGGUGACUCGCUGCUGGGCUCUAAGGGAGCGGUAGCUUUUGCCAACUCGCUUGGGAAGGGGCAGAACAAGAAACUCGAAAUUUUACGUCUGCAAUUCAACGAUAUUACCUCGGCAGGGCUUGGAGUCUUCGCAGAAGUCGCUAAGAGUUCUUUACUAGCUUUGAAGAAGAUUGAGCUUAAUGGUAACAAGUUCUCCGAGGAAGACUCGUCACUUACUCAGUUGAAGGAUCUUUUGGAUGGCCGAAAAGAGAGCCUUGCUGGUGAAGUUGUCAUUGAGGACGACUGGGGUGUCGACAGUCUCAGCGAUCUCGAAAGCGACGACGGAGAAGACGAUGAGGAGGACGAAGAGGAAGAAGAGGAAUCAGAAUUGGAAGAACUUCGCGAGAGAGAGGUUGAAGCCGAUGAGAAGGUCCGCGAAAACGAGCCGGUUGUGGCGCAGAAAAAGGAUCCCGUCAUUGAUGAUGAGCUUGCGGGCGCGCUUGAGAAAGUCAAGAUCUCGGCUAAUUGAAGCGAGGAUUCGAAAAGAAAAGAAAGAAUAGGACAUUUUCGCCUUCUUCUUAUUUCGGUUGAGAGAGGAAUCAACCCACACAUCACCCUACAUAUACCCCCUAUACCGUUCGAUUUCCUUUUUCCUUCUGUUUUGACGCAUAGCAGAUAAGCAUUGCACAUAGAAAUAAAACACUUUUUUGAUCC